AUGCCGCUAGUUCGUAAUCCCAUCCUUCCAGGUUUCAACGCGGACCCAUCGGUCCUGCGUGUUGGAAAUGACGACGUCAAACGCAAAGAUGGCUCCUUCAAAGACACGCCCAACUACAUCGUCACUGCUGAUCGCAUUGAGGGUCCGUGGUCUGACCCCAUUUACAUCAACCACUCAGGAUUCGAUCCUUCACUGUACCAUGAUGACGAUGGCAAGAAGUACUUCAUUAAUAUGCUGCAAGACCACCGAAGACGUAAGCAGUUCUUCGUUGGAAUCAGAAUGCAGGAAUGGGAUCCUAAAACGAAGAAACUUGUUGGCCCAUGGAAGACUAUCUUCCCCGGUAGCGACUUAGCUCUGGUAGAAGGCCCGCAUCUGUACAAGCGGAACGGGUGGUACUACUUGUUGACUGCUGAGGGCGGCACAGCAUAUGAACACGCCUGCACUUUGGCACGAUCCCGCGAUAUCUGGGGCCCAUACGAACUGCAUCCUCAAAAGCACAUCAUCACUUCCAAAGACGCACCGCUAGCUUCGCUGCAAAGGGCGGGUCAUGGAGAUAUAGUCGACACUCCGGACGGCAAGACGUACAUUGUCCAUCUGGCUGGCCGCCCUACAACACAAUUCCGUCGCUGUGUUCUUGGGCGUGAGUGCGCUAUUCAAGAGGCUUACUGGGACAAGGAUGAUUGGCUAUAUGUCAAGAACGGGCCCGUUCCAUCUCUUCAUGUCGAACUGCCGGCAGCGCGCGACGAUACCGCAUACUGGGCUGAGCAGCGCUACGAAUUCAACAGCAAAGAUGGUCUCCACAAAGACUUCCAGUGGCUCCGCACACCAGAGCCAGAGCGCAUCUUCGAUGUCAAAGAUGGUGCUCUGCAACUCAUUGGGCGCGAGGCCGUUGGAUCCUGGUUCGAACAAGCCCUUGUUGCACGCCGUCAAACGCAUUUCUCCUAUGAUGCCGAGACAGUCGUUAGCUUCAGCCCAGACGACGAACGCACAUUCGCAGGCCUGACUGCCUACUACUGCCGCUUCAAUUUCUUUUACUUGACCGUCACGGCCGACUCUGACGGCAAGCGUGAACUGCUCAUCUUGAGCUCGGAAGCUUCGUGGCCGGACGGCAAUUUGAAACUCCCGCUCGCGGAGCCGGUGUCACUCCCACAAGAGGGCAAGGUACGAUUGGCGCUGAGCAUUCGGGGUAGAAAACUCCAGUUUAGCUAUGCGCUAGAGGGACAAAAGGAUCUGACAGAGAUUGGACCGGUCUAUGAUGCUUCGAUCCUGAGUGAUGAGUGUGGUGGUCAUCAAGCGUGA